UGUCUCCUCUCUCUGUAAAAUAAAUAAAUAAAAUCUUUUUUCUUAAAGAUUCUCUUUCUGAUGUAAAAAAAAAAAACCCAACUGAAUUGCAGCCUCUUUUAAGAAGAUCAAGGUCUCAGUUUUUCCCCAAUAUUAACUAAAAGGAAGUGUUUUAUAAAAUAAUGGAGAUCUAAAAAAAUAAAAAAUAAAAAAAAUAAUGGAGAUCUGUGAGAGAUAUUUCCCUUUUUUCUACAUAGCAAUCAAAAUUAUUUUUAUGAAAGAGAAAAGUAACUGAUGUCUAUACCAGAGAAGACCUGAUCUUUGGUGUUAGAAGACCUGAAUAAUAUUCCUGGAACUGUUAUUCUCUUGGGCCACAAUGUCUAUAGUUUUCAAAUUAACAUGAAAAUUAAAAAGACUUGGCGGACACCCAGGACUCCAAGAUGGCGUCGCCCAUACCAGUGAAGGAAAAGAAGCUCAUGGAGGUGAAACUAGGAGAGCUGCCAGGCUCGAUACUGAUGCAGGAUUUCACCUCUAAGGGCAUCACUGGAGCAUUUCAAAGAGGUUACUACGGGUAUUACAACAAGUAUAUCAAUGUGAAGAAAGGGGGCGUUGCUGGGAUUUCUAUGGUGCUGGCUGCUUAUGUGCUUUUCAACUACUGUUGUUCUUACAAGGAGCUCAAACAUCAACAGCUACGCAAGUACCACUGAAGAGGGCCCAGUGUGGAAGCACAUUUGGCAUUCCUGACCAUGACUUUUGCCUGGCAUCUUUGAUCCUUCCGUUGCUUAAUUCAUAAUUAAUAUCCAAUAAAAGUUGACUGGUACUUGAAAAAAAUUAAAAAGACUUGUCUUAUCUACCUCAUGCAAAUUCUGAGAAAAUAUAAUAAAAUAAUUUUUAUAAAGCAUUAUAGUGAACAAAUAUUUGUUGAUAUCACCAGUAUUAUAAUUUUGAUUGUCAACCAUGUAAGCACCUGAUGCUGUAUGCCUACUACAGUGUCUUCUGCAAUCUAUGUGCUUGAUGAUAUUUAAAAAUGAGAGUGAAUUUUUAAAUAUGCUCAUUGUGUCCACUUACAAGGCCAUAUCCCUAAAAAAUAGAGGGCUAAAGAGUGGGAGAAUGAAGGAUUAACAGUAUUCAAAUAAGAAUUUAAACAAUUUAGCAAAUUUAACCCAUAUAAAAUAAGGCUUCUGUCAUGUAGAAACUCUUCAAAUAAUUAAGGAAAGGAAGGUUGUCAUUAGAAGAAUGAUUAGUCUAAUUCAUCAUGGCUCAAAGGUGUGAAUGAAACUGUGGCUUGGUGUGUAGAAAAAAACGAAGUUUUGAGUUGUUGAAGUUGUUCUAAUGGAAAAUGGAUUGCCUCAGAAGUAGGAGGUUCUACUAUUAGCUCUUUUCAAAAGUAAGUUGAUGGCCUGGAGUUCAUAGAAUACAGAGGAUAAUAGAUUUUGAUGAGUUGUUUAAGUACAUGAUAGCCAAGGUCUUUGCCAGUCCUAAGUUGGAGGAUUCUAUGAUCUGGUAAUGCAAUGAUUGGCCACUUAUGCUUCUAAAUUUGCUAUGCCAUUUAACAUAAAUAAUUAGGGCGGCCCAGGUGG